AGUUAAAACGCGGUCGUUUGGUUCGGCCAUUUCAUCUUAAAACCCCCAACUUGGUCAUCGAUCUCCAACUUUGUUGGGUCCAAAGGAAUGGCUGCUAUGGCUUCUGACAAGGCAGCUGGGCAGACGCAGUGGGAGUUUAGCUGUGACUUGGAGGUAGAUUAUGAGUCUGAAGAAAUUGCUUCUAUUGUCUACACGACAUUAGCUGUUGAUAAGGAGUUGCAACCGGACAAAGUGAAAAGGCUGAUGUCAGUUUCCAAUGGAAAGCUUUCAGUGCAUUUUGAGGCAGUUGAGGCAAGAUUUCUUCGAGCAUCAUAUAGUGCUUUUGUGGAUGUAUUGACACUUGCCACAAAAACAGUUGAAGAAUUUGGAAAAGGAAUGGAGUUGUAACAACUACAUGUAUUUUGACUGGUUAACUAGACUAAUAUUUUUCAUCAAACGAGGUUCAACACUAGAGUCUUCAAGCACCUUGUUUGUAGUUUGAUUAGUACUUCUGACCAAUAUUAUGGACUUCUGGAAAGAAGCCGUUUUACUAUUUGUAAUUCAGUGAUUCUGGCUGUGCUUUUAAAACUAUUGAGUUAUCUAAUAAAAUCAUAUUUUGAUUGUAAAAA